GACACCCACACACCUGUGUCCCUUCCCGGGGUGGGGGGAACCCGCACACCUGUGUGCCCUCCCAGGUGUGUCCCCGCCCACCCCCGUGGCCUUGGGGGCUCAGGUAUAUCCAGGGGGCCCUCGGGGCUCGGGAGGCCUCAGCGAUGGCGUCGGCACUGCUGGUGACACUGGUGGCCUUGGUGGCCGUGCUGGGUGGGGGGGUGGAGGCCCAGUGCCCCAGCCCCUCCGAGGUGCACACCGCCAACGGCACCCGCCUGUGCGCCCUGCUCUACACCGACGACAGCCCCUACUACGACCAGUGCUGCGCCGGCGCCGUGCUGGAGGUGGAGCCGGGCAGCGACGUGCCCUACAUGCCCUACAGGUGGUCCGGCCGCACCUCCUCGCUCGUGGUGGGCACCCGCUGCGAGCUCAACGUGUGGUCGCGCAGGGGCAAGGAGGGUGACACGCGGCGCUUCAGCGCCGGCGCGGUGCCGCGGCUGCAGGAGGUGCACCGGGGGCUCUUCGGAGACUGGGACAACGCCAUCCGCGGGUACUACUGCACCUGCAAGUGA